UGGAUGAAUCAAAUAAAAAUUCUCCCCUAGAAAUAAUAAAAAAAAAUAUCUAACAACGUAAUCCAAUAACUCUGAUUGCACCUUAUCAUUGCAUCUCCAAAUCCAUAUUAUUAUUAUCUUGAACUUUAGAACUCUAAUCAAUUGAAAAUUAUAAUUGAUAUAUUGACCGUUGCCUAAAGGUGUUUGAUAACACAACUUAGGCACACAUAAAAUUCUUAUCAAACCAAAAUAAUAAUUAGCUCUUGCUGUUGAAACUAAUUUUGGGUCAGUUUAACAUUUAAUCCAGUCAAUCGUGUACAUGAUUUCUUAACAACGUGUUUAAUUAAUUUAAAAAUCAUGGGUCUUCUCAAUAUAUUAAUUUUCCUAGUCGAUCCUUUAGGGAUUAUGAGAAAGUUAUUCUUUCGACCAGCCCGUAACCUUACCUCAAGCAUUUUCGAUCAUUUUCGUAAAAAGACCAAUGACGGGGUGACCACUUUGAAAGAGCUAACCCUGAGGCUAUUUAUAAUAAGCUUUGCAGUUGCCCUAAUCAUUUGGAGUGCCGUUUUCUUAUAUGUAGCAUUCUAUUAUGCUUACAUGCCGGCUAUGACGCACAUUAGACCAGUUCAUAUGCAAUUCAAAACAUGCUUGGACACUAAUGGGCCAUGCACAUUCCCACAUGCUCAUGUUGCCCUCACAAAACGGCAGCAACUUCUGAUGGUUGGUCAGGCAUAUAAAGUUUCUAUUGAAAUAGAUAUGCCCGAAUCACCUCAAAAUCAAGAGCUUGGCAUGUUUAUGGUUUGUGCCGAAAUGCGAGACAUUGAAUCGCUCCUCCGAGGGCAUUCAUGUCGCUCGGCAAUGCUCCGAUAUAAAUCGCCUUUGAUUCGCACAUUGUCUACCUGGGCACUCAGUCCGUUGUUUGUACUCGGUCUAAAAGAAGAAUUCCAAAAGGUUCCCGUUGUGAUAUUUGCCAAAUACCUUGAAGAGCGCCAACAUCCUAUAACUGAUGUCUAUGUUGAGAUACAAUCGCACAAGAUACAAUUUUACACAGUAACACUUCAUAUUAGUGCUGACUUUACAGGACUGCGCUAUGUUAUGUUCAAUUUCCCUGCAAUGUCUGCACUUGUUGGAGUCAGUUCGAAUUUGUUCUUCAUAAUGAUUGUAUUUGUACUGAGUUGGUACCAUUGGUCUGAUACAACUUGGGUAAAGAAUCUCCAAGCCAAGUAUAUGCAACUGAGCCGUAUGUCUAGGUCAAGCAAGGCUCCAAGGAGACGGGUGAAGGGCAAUAAUGCUUUUGAAUCGCCUGCUCUAAGUGAUAAGAGUAUAGUUGACGAUGAUGAUUUGAGUUAUUUCGAUGAAAAAUCAAAUGACUCAGACGAAAUCGAUGAACUAAGCUCAUCACUUGCACCAAUAGAUGAUGAUGAUGAUCUACCAAAAAAGAAAAGUUUACAAAAACGCCACAAAGGAAAAGAAACUUCUUUAAAUUCAUAAAUAACUCAAAAUUCUAGCAGCUAUUAUUAUGGAAGGAAGUAAGCAAUCAAUUACGCACAAAAUUCUUCUUCAAAGCACAAGGAUUCUAUUAUAUUUAAACUGAAUUCGUCAUUUAUACAAUUUGAAUUCAUGUUUUAGAUUAUAAGAACCCUUUAAAUUAUUGAUGUUCUCAUAUUAAACAUUUUCUUAUGUAUACGUUUAUAUUGAAUAGCUUUUUAAUAUUCAUGGAAACAAGUUUGUGAUACUAUUAAGAACAAUGAUAAGAACUUUUUGUUUUAUAAAAGUAAUUAAGAAAUAAAAUAUUUUAUAUAAAGAGAAAAAAAUUAAUAUAAAACAAAUAGAUUAAGCAAAA